AUGCCAGGGCGGGCUGGCAACCCAAGCCCCUCUCAGCCCUUCGUCGUCCUUUCUCACUCCUCAAAUCCACCAACCCCACUAAUCACUCCACAUUGCACCGACAACCUUCCCCACCAAAUCCCGAUCAUCUACUCGACCAUCGCUGCAAGAGCUCUCUCAUUUCAUAGACAGUCCUCUUUAAUAUCAGCGUGUUGUUUUGCCUGUGGAUCAACCAAGUCGCUGCACACACUCCAGAAGAAUGCCAUCGAAGAGAUGCAACAGCUUCAUUUAACAGACUACAUAUGGCAAAUCUUCUGUCGCGAUGUGAAGCCGAGCUUUGAAAGGCCUAAUAUUGCCACCCACUCAAGCACCGCAUCUCCAUCACCUCAACAACCUCCCCCAGAAACAGCGCCAGCAUCCAUCCUGCAAGACGAACCUUCAACCAUGAACAUUGUUACAACCCCCGCAGAGGCCACUACCAUGCCUGAGCCAGGGCCGCAAGAAUCUCACCCGACCUGCUCUUCUGAAGCCUCUCAACCUCCUCAACCUCUCUACGCAACAUCCCCCGCUACCUCCACGCCAGACCAACAACCUACCUAUGCAUCAGUUCUGCAACGCCUCAAACCUUCUUUAUCGCAAUCAACUCCCAAAAUCUAUCAAUCCGAACCUUCCCUUAAAUCACACUCACAAUCGAAGACCUUGACCGACGUUUCCACAACGAACCAUCACCAUUCCAGCUCAACAAGAAGACCAGCAAGAGUUCAGCUCGUCGAGCUCGCAACAAAAACGCAUUUGCCACGCAAUCUCUAA